CUUUUGGCAGAGAAACGUAGCAAGUGCCCACACAAACUUAGACCCACACAAACAGCUGAGAGUGGCCAGAACUGCCAGUCAUGAAGGAACUCAAGAGCAAGGCGUUCUGGAGGGCCGUUUUGGCCGAGCUUGUGGGUAUGACCCUCUUCAUCUUCCUGAGCAUCACAGCUGCGGUCGGAAACUCCAACAAUGACAAGCCAGAUCAGGAGGUCAAGGUGGCACUUGCGUUUGGGCUGUCCAUUGCCACUCUCGCCCAGAGCCUUGGGCACAUCAGCGGAGCCCAUUUAAACCCGGCUGUGACCCUGGGCUUGCUGGCCAGCUGUCAGAUCAGUUUGCUGAAGGCAGUCAUGUACAUCAUUGCCCAGAUGUUGGGUGCAGCGCUGGCGAGUGGUGUUGUGUAUGGCGUCACGAAAGGAGAUACCCUGGGGCUAAAUUCAAUCAACAGUGAUAUUUCAGCCGGUCAAGGUGUUGGCAUUGAACUACUCGCUACCUUCCAGCUAGUGUUAUGUGUCAUAGCAACCACAGAUAAAAGAAGGCGGGACGUGACAGGCUCCGCCCCUUUGGCCAUCGGCCUCAGUGUUUGUCUGGGCCAUUUGACAGCCAUCAGUUUCACUGGAUGUGGGAUCAAUCCUGCAAGAUCUUUCGGCCCAGCAGUGAUACUCAGAGAUUUUACCAACCACUGGGUCUACUGGGUAGGCCCUAUGUGCGGUGGUGUGGCCGCUGCUCUGGUCUAUGAUUUCCUGCUGUACCCUAAACUGGACGACUUCCAUGACCGCGUGAGAGUGCUGGUGUCCGGCUCCGCUGCAGACUGUGAUGUCAACGGAUCUGAUGACCCCCCUGCUGUGGAGAUGUCAUCAAAGUGAUGCAACACUUGACAUAUUUAGUGUAUGAUACUCUUCAAGACUCUUCACAAUAUAUUUGUAAAUAUAUAUUUUUAUCAACAGGGGAUUAGCAUUAUUUUAAAAUGUACUUCACAACAUGAGUUUAUAAAAUGCAAAUGUAAAGCCAUCUAUUUAGUUGUUUAAAUGAACAUUUGUCAUUUUAUCUUAAUUCAUUUGAGCUUUUUAUCAUUUUUUGAAUACCGUUUAGUGAAUCGGUAUGUACCUCAGGAAAAUUGUACAAUUUUCUCUUGUUUUCAAAAUCUCACAUGUCAGUAUUCAGAAUGUAGAUUCACUUUUUUGUAAGCAUUUUAAAUGCAAGUUUGUUUUACGUCAUUUUGUAUUGUAUUAUAUGUACACUAUGAUAUUGUUUUCUCUACUUUUGUAAGUAAACUUUA